AUGGAAGAUCCUGAUUAUGAAAAACAGCCAGAUAAUUAUGCUCUGAGCGCGGCAAUCGAGGCUUUAGCCACUAUACUUUCAGAAGGGGAUCAAGAUCGUUUAUCUGUUGUCCGUGAUGAUAUGUGGAGGUUACUUGCGAAUUGGUGGAAUACGGCAAGAUGGGCUCGACUGCAAAUACAAGCAUCGAUGGAAAAAGUUGAUCUCAUUGGUGAUCUUUUUACAGAUAUCGUACAUGAAAUUCAGGAGCAUUUCGGUGAUGAUGGCAUGAGAGAACAUUACAAAUCGCCUGUUUUGAAAGCUUUAAUAUUGAUGGAUAUUGGAAAACCAGUACAAGGUUGUUUUAAAAAAAAAUUAUAUGCAUUACUACCACCGAACAUUGAUCUAGAUAAUUACUUGAAAGGAUUGCUUUUGCAUUAUCGAAAGCUGAGUGUAAAGCAUGGCUUCGCAAAUCGAACAAAUAUCUUUUUACAAUUUCUUCUUGAUAAAAAAGACCGUAAUGCUAACAGGCAUACGUACUUUAAAAUUCAAAAGUAUGAAACUUGCUGUAAAAAUCAACAUAAACCAUUAACAUUUCAAGGAUACAUUGAUUCUCGGGGUUUGACUAUCGAACCCGAUUUAUUUGAUGAUUAUGAGCGAUUAUUUUUGGCUUACUAUGGAAUCGUAAACAAUAACUUAAUAAAAAAUAUAUAA